AUGUCCACCGCUUCUUCCUACUCCAAUAGGCUCAAACCUGAAGAACACAAAAAUCAUCUAAAAAUUGAAGACUUUGCAUUGGGUAAGCUUUUAGGAUCUGGAAAGUUCGGUGAGGUCUAUGUGGCUCAACACAAGAGGACAGGUUUUAUAAGCGCUCUCAAGAUAAUAAGUAAAAAGCACAUCGAUGAGAAAUUUCUCACACAGCUAACACGAGAAGCGAAGGAUUUCAUUUUGGUCUGCUUGAAGAAGGACCCCAGGGACAGAUAUACAGUACCUGAGUUGCUUGAGCAUCCUUUCCUUAUUGGGCUUCAAGGUAGUGUAGAGGAUAAGGUGAGCUCUAAAGCUGUCCUUCGUGUUUCUCGCCCACAGGAUGAUCUUGAUGAUGUUGUUGACCACGUAUCCGAUUAUCAUUCCCCUGAAGAGGAAACCGACGUUCAAUUGCACCAUGAUGUCGAGAGCGAAGACAACGAUGCAGAUUAUGUUGAGAGUGAUGGUGAAUGGUUGGUUGUGAGAUCGUCCCAUGCCUAA